AAGGAGAAUAGUUUUUUUUUUAUAUUACUAUAGUUGAAAAUCAUACAUUAAGCUAAAUAUGUUUUUUUUUUUGCUAUAUGGAUAUAUCAGACUCUAUCUUAAACAAUGUUGUACAUCGAAAAGGCUCUAAGAAUUAAGUUGUGCUAGUUAAAUGGUCAAUUCUAUAUAUGUGUGCGUAUACAUGUAUGUACACAAUAAUGAGCAUAUAAUAUAUAAAAGAAAAAUCAAAUAAACUAAUAUUUUCUUUUGUAUCCCGCCAAUUAGGAGACAGAUCAUUAGUUAGUUGAAAUGUUGGCUUUCAAGUUUCGGAUCCAACGCACGUUAUCUCUCCUUCUCUUUCCAUAACUUUGCUUUUCUCUUUUCUCUCUCUCUCGUUCGACUAAUGGCAGAUAUUUGCUGCGUCAAAGAGAUCCAAGAAGAGGACGUAGACAAGAUCCGGUUACCGACACGACCUGAUCAACUGAUCCUCCCCGAUCACGAAGAUCCAACGGUCAACAACGAAGAUGGGUGCAAGACUCCAACAUCUUCCGCUCACAAGAUUCCAGCGGCGAAGUAUACGUUAUGCCCACCAGCUCCUAGAAAACCCAGACCAAAAAGAAAAGUGACACCGGUUAAUGUUGUUAACCGUGUACCGAUUGAUCUGAGCCGGGAGAUCGAGAUGUUCUUUGAGGAUUUGGACCGCAGGAUCAAGAAGUCAAGGAAACAAUAAGAAGAAGACCAAGAAGAGUAUAUUGAUCAUUUCUAAUUUAUGACUGUGUGGUGGUAAUUGAUCCUUUUAAUUUUUUCCCUUCAUCUGUUCUUUUCAUUUUCUGUAUAAUACAAGUGGCAUGUUGAUAAUUAACAAUAAAAAUGUAUCUCAUUAUGAAUCCUUUAUUUCUGAUCUAUACAACUUUUUAAAGGUAAAAUUUCUCAUGAUA